AUGAGUGGCGGUCGCAUUAGCCAGCCCGUGGGCAAGAUUGUGCACACGAAUGUAGCUGUAGUACGUAUGCGCAAAGGCGGAAAGCGAUUUGAGAUUGCAUGCUAUAAGAAUAAAGUAUUUAAUUGGCGUAACGGCGUGGAGAAAGAUAUCGAUGAGGUGCUGCAAAUUGCGAAGGUCUACGAGAAUGUACCUAAGGGUAAGUUUGCCAAGAAAACUGAUUGGUCCGCAGCUUUCGGUGUGCAAAAUGAAGAGCAGGCAUGUCGUUACAUUCUCGACCAUGGAAAUCUUCAGGUUUCUGAGGGAGAGCGCAAAGCGCUUGUCGAAAAUAUGUACCGUGAUAUUGCAACAAUUGUGGCCGAUAAGUGCGUUAAUCCGAAGUCUAAUCGUCCGUACCCAUAUACAGUGAUCGAGCGCGUGAUGAAGGAAAUUCACUAUGCUGUCAUUCCAAAUCGAAGUGCCAAGCAACAGGCGCUUGAACUUAUUAAAAAGCUACCGGAUUAUAUUCCAAUUGCGCGUGCCAAGAUGAAAAUUCAGGUGACGACGCCGGCGUCAGGUGCACAGACGAUCAAGACAGGGUUGCUGGAGGAAGGUGCUGAGAUUCUGGAGCAGACUGGUCAAGAAAUUGUCAACGUGAUCGCGCUUAUCACUCCAAAAUCGUAUCGUAUUGUCAAUAGGCUCGUUAACGAACACACUGUUGGUCAAGGUUUAUUGGAAGUGAUUGAUUUGAAGGAUCAUAAAGAGGGCGAGCACACAAUCGAUGAUGAAAUCUCACAGAAGUCGGAGCAUCUUGGACUGACAAGUGCUUCUAGUUUUACUGCUGCGACCGUACUGGCACCACUCGCUGCUGUCAGUAGUCAGGUAAAAAAGACACGCCCUUGUAGCACGUGUGGCGGCGACUUUAGUGGAGAUUUGAACAAAUACCGUGAUCAUUUUCGUUCUGAAUGGCACCGUUACAAUCUCAAGCUCAAAUCGAAGAAGCAGCCAGUGAUAAAUGAGAAAGAGUUUAGCAAGCUUGAUACCGAAAAGAUCGAGACGAUUCUCUCAUCUAUGAGCUAA